GGCCGCAACCGCCAGUCAGCGCUCGUCCCCUCCCUCCUCCCUCCACCCCUCUCCCCCUCCUCCUCUGCCUCCCACUGCAAGACACCAACAUGGAGCCUGAGGACCUACCCUGGCCCGACGAGCUGGAGGAGGAGGAGGAGGUGGAGGAGGAGGAGGUGGAGGAGAAGGAGAAGGAGAAGGAGAAGGGCAAGGAGGCUGUGGCAAAGGCUGAGGCGGGACGUGCGGAGGAGGUCGAGAACUUGGAAGAGGACGAGGUGGUGGUGGUGGAGGAGAUGGAGGACGAGGAGGAGCGGGAGUCGGACUUCAACUAUGAGAGCCAGGCCCAGGAGAGUACGGACGACGAGGAGGACGACGAGGAGGCCAAGGCUUGGCUGGAGGCGCACCCCAGCAGGACCCUCUCUUUGCAUUCGCUCCCGAGGCGUCGCUACACCAAGGACGCGAGCAGCGACCCGGAAAAGGCUGAUCCACUGACCUAUCGUGCUUGGUACCAGUCAUUAUAUCAGGACAGUAGUAGAAGACAGAUUUCUGACACUGAUGUGGUCUCUUUGGAAAGUAAAAAUCAGUGGGGUUCUGGGGAUGAUCAGAGAACAGAAUCUUGGCGUUACCUUCAUGAAGAAGUGGACUCCUCUCAAGACUUGGCUACAUCUAAGACCAGGAUUGAUGUAAGAGAGGAAGGGUCCAAAAUGACAGAUUUACCCUCUAAGAAGGAAGGCACAUUUCUGACCCAUUCAGAAAAUCAAGUAAAAGAACCCAAGAAAGAUCUCUUAUGUUCUCCAUUGCUAG